CCUCAACCGGCGACAGUCGAAUGUGUUUUGAUUCUCAGCCCGUGAGCCUCGGACACAGCACUUCCUGGUUCUGAGGGGAGAGUCACGUGACCGGCGGUGGUCGUUCUUCUUCGCCUCUCAUUUGUUUGUUGAAUCAGUUUCAGAGAACCACCAGCCCCUGUCGCAGCCCAGCACCGAUUCGGACUCAGCCAACUCUUCUCCAAUUCCGCCGGCCAUCCUCAUCACCGCUCCGUCGCAAGAAGACUUCCACGCAUCGAAGACCACCAUGACGAUAGCCGACGCCAUCAAAGAGCGGCGGCCGUCUUCCACGCCCAUCGUCGUGGGGAGGAAACUGGUGACCAGGAAGUGACUCGGAAUGUCCCGACGCACGAGAAUGGACGCCGUCGCAGAGGACGAACCGGACCCGAUCAGGCUGAAGUCCAUCAAGACCAACAGAACGUUCACUGUGCCGCAGAACUACCGGUUCGGCAGCUGCAGAAGUGUCCGGGAGUUUGAGAAGUUCAACCGGAUAGGAGAAGGAACUUACGGCAUCGUGUACCGAGCCCGUGACACCAAGUCCGAUGAGAUCGUGGCGUUGAAGAAGGUCCGGAUGGACAAAGAGAGAGAUGGAAUCCCCAUCAGCAGCCUGAGAGAGAUCACCCUGCUGCUGAGGCUGAGGCAUCCCAACAUAGUGGAGCUGAAGGAAGUGGUUGUGGGCAGCCAGCUGGAGAGUCUGUUCCUGGUGAUGAGUUACUGUGAGCAGGACCUGGCCAGUCUGCUGGAGAACAUGCAGACGCCGUUCUCCGAGGCUCAGGUGAAGUGUAUCGUCCUUCAGCUGCUCAGAGGUUUAGAAUAUCUCCACCACAACUUCAUUAUUCACAGGGACCUGAAGGUUUCUAAUCUGCUGAUGACAGACAAAGGCUGCGUUAAGAUCGCUGAUUUCGGGUUGGCGAGGAUGUACGGUAUUCCUCAGCAGCCCAUGACCCCCCGGGUGGUGACGCUGUGGUACAGAAGUCCAGAGCUCCUCCUGGGGACCAAGAGCCAAACUACAGCUCUGGACAUGUGGGCGGUCGGCUGCAUCGUGGCCGAGCUGCUCGCUCACAAACCUCUGCUGCCGGGAACCUCGGAGAUCCAGCAGGUCGACCUGAUCGUCCAGCUGCUGGGGACGCCCAACGAGAACAUCUGGCCGGGUUUCUCUCAGCUGCCCCUCAUCAGUCAGUACAGUCUGAGGAAGCAGCCGUACAACAACCUGAAGAACAAGUUCACCUGGUUGUCUGAGGCUGGACACCGACUGCUCAACCUGCUCUUCAUGUACAACCCACAGCGCAGAGCAACUGCCAAAGACAGUCUGGAGAGUUCCUACUUCAAAGAGAAACCUCUACCCUGCGAACCCGAGCUGAUGCCGACCUUCCCUCACCACCGCAACAAACGUGCUGCUCCUCGCGUCGAGAGUCGCAACAAACGGAGCAAAGUGUGAUGAGGACGACGAGGAUGUGAUGAGGACGACGGUUUCUGUUCACGAAAACGUAGAUUUGCUUUUAAGGAACGAUUACUAGAUUUAAUUGUUAAUUCAUUUUGAACACAACUUCAGACAAAUGUUUUCACAGAUCAGAGCAGGACGCGACGCUCUGGACUCAAGCAUAACACUGAAAACGUUUUCUUCUAUUAGCUUCUGGAUUAAUGUCUGCACACGAAAGACGUUCAAGGUAACGAGUUUUGCUUUUUACAUUCAUACGGAGACGCUGUGACCUUGCAUGGCGAGAAAAUGCACGAGAGCUGUCGCACUGGAGCUGAGAGGAGAUUGUCUUCGACAGAAACGGGACUGAAGAAGAAUCUGCCGUUCUGGUUUGGAGAAAACACAGAAUGAAAGGAACUUUGUACGAACGUUUUGUUUCCUGUGGACAGAGACAGCAAAGUCGUGGUGACGCCAAUCAUCUCGUCUCUGAAGAGUUAUUUUCUGAAAAUGUUGGAACUUUUCCUUUUUUCCUUCAGGCUGAACGUCGACUGUAAAUAAAUAAUCCGCGGCCUAGUUGGAGGAAAACGAGGCGAACAUCUGAACAUGUGAUACUUUUUGUGUAAGAUAUUAAACACAAGAAAAAAUGUCAAA